AUGCUUUCAAGUUCAACAUUGGCAUAUAGAAUUUUACCAUAUGCAUCUCCGUAUCAUUCUGAAUCAUAUCAAGAUAUUGCUCCAUUAACAAAAGUGAUGAUAGCUAUUCCAAAUGAAGUUGAUGCUGUGUGGCCACAAUAUGCUUUCCAACCAAUAAAUCAAAUCGCUGAUGAAAGAAUACGUCGUGGUUGGGGUAAUGGUCGACGACGACGUCGGUCUGUUAUUGAUCGAGAUUGA